ACCGGUACAACUUUGAUCGAGUUAGGUUUCAACUGAAGAAGCUCGAGACAUUGAGAACGAAGAAGAGAGAAUCCAAAAAAAAAAAAGAAGAGGAGGAAGAACAAUGGGAGUCGAUUAUUACAAGGUUCUUCAAGUUGAUCGUAACGCGAAAGACGAAGACUUGAAGAAAGCGUAUCGCAAACUCGCCAUGAAGUGGCAUCCCGACAAGAACCCUAACAGCAAAAAAGAAGCCGAAUCCAAAUUCAAACAAAUCUCCGAGGCUUACGAUGUAUUGAGCGAUCCUCAAAAGCGAGCAAUAUACGAUCAAGAUGGAGAAGAAGGUCUAAACAGGCAAGCUCCACCUCCCGGUGCUGGCGAUUUUCCAGGUGGAGAAGCUUCGUUCCGGUUCAACCGGAGAAGUGCUGAUGAUAUCUUCUCGGAGUUCUUUAAUUACUCGAGAGCCUUUGAUGGUGACUCACGGUUUCCGUUCGGUGAGGACGUUUUCUCUAAUGCUCCACCUAGAAAAGCUGCUCCUGUAGAGACACAACUUCCUUGUAGUUUGGAGGAUUUGUAUAAAGGAACCACCAAGAAGAUGAAAAUCUCAAGGGACGUUAUUGAUUCGUUCGGGAGAAGCUCGACGGUGGAAGAGAUCAUGGCGAUAGUAAUCAAGCCUGGAUGGAAGAAAGGGACAAAGAUAACCUUCCCUGAGAAAGGAAACGAGCAGAGAGGAAUCAUACCUUCAGAUCUUGUAUUCAUAGUUGAUGAGAAGCCACACGCUGUAUUCAAAAGAGACGGGAACGACCUUGUUAUCACGCAGAAGAUCCCUCUCGUGGAAGCACUCACUGGCUACACUGCUCAGGUCACGACUUUAGAUGGUAGAACGCUAACGGUUGCUGUUAACAACGUGAUCAGCCCUUCCUAUGAAGAGGUUGUGAAAGGAGAAGGCAUGCCGAUUCCUAAAGAUCCCUCAAAGAAAGGGAACUUGAGAAUCAAAUUCAAUAUUAGGUUCCCUUCGAGGUUAACAACAGAGCAGAAGGCUGGAAUCAAACGGAUGUUUUCUUCUUCUUAGAUUAUUUUAGUUUUAAAACCUUCACUGUCUUUCUUGCUACAUUUGAGUUGUUUUUUUUUUGGAUCUUUUGGGCGGUCGCUGUGAAUUGCGUAGGUGUGUGGCCGUGUGAAUGUUUUGUUUGGGCGGUCGUACGAUUCAUAAAUUACUUCUCAUUUGGGUU